AUGCGUAGUCGGCACUUGACCUUUCUGGCCCGGAGACUCGACGGUCCCUGUGGAGCGAUAUCGGUAGAGUUAGCUAUUCCAAGUAGGCUCCGGAUACUCCGGAGGAGCUAUUCGACUUCUGAUGUCGUCCUCUUAACUAGGCAACACAUACUGGGCUUGAAUCAAGUUGAGCACUUUCGCUAUCCCGUAAUAAAAACGGAUCUUGACAUUCUACUCCUUCGUAUCAAAACAGACCAGGAACAUUUCCGGUCAGAUGAAUUCACGGAAGGACGCCUUCGUCGAAUGUGGCCAGCCUGGAACGAAGGUCUGAAAACCUUAAAACAAUUGGUUGGUGAAUACAACUGCUCCCCGAAGCAUGCAAGAAAUCCAUGCUUUCAGAAACAGGCCAGGUUGAACGUAAUUGUAAGCAUCGCUCAAGACUCGAAGGUUCUUCUGCAUAUGGGCCUUCUCACACUUCAGAGUUCUCUCGGCAUUGAAGAAAACAUACGAAACGCCCACUCGCCUGAUAACACGUUCCUCGGCUUUGUGGUUGAGAAACCACCACGUGCCCUACAGAGGGUGAUCCAGCCGACAUCGGGAAAACCCCUUGGACUUGUUGCUGGAAAAGCUGCCUAUAUGUGGAAGGGUUUAACGCCAUACCUCGAAAUCCUGUCAGAAUUCCUGGAAAUUCACGGAAACGUGGCCGAUGGGGACAGUUCAAAUUUACCAGCAUUUGUGACAAAUCAUAAAAUGGCUUACGGAUACGACUACUUAGAUUUGCUGAAUUCUGUCCAGGUUCUCAUCGGGCUCGGUUUCCCUUAUGAAGGACCAGCACCUUUGGAAGCCAUCGCAAAUGGCAUAGUUUUUCUCAAUAUGCGACUGAAACCACCACAUGGUCGUGGCCUGACGCCAUUCUUUGCGGGAAAACCAACAGACAGAGAAGUAGGUGACAGUAGAGCAAUUUUGAAACCCAAGCUAAGUUGGAAACUAAAACUGGAAGUGAACGCUAUCCUUAUGGAUGUCACACCACUAUCGUUUGAACGGUCGUCCUCCUGUUCUGACGUAAUUAUUCCGUUACAUAGCCAGCACCCGUACAUUGAAGAGUACAUUGGGGAACCGUAUUCCUAUACGUUGGAUAGGGAUAACCCAGACCAGAUUCGCGAGACAAUGAGGCGGCUUCUGGUUAAUCCACUGGUAAGUUUUCUUCAACCGAAUUUUCAAAAAGCAAACGGAUAUCGCACUUUCGAGUUCACUGAAGCCGGUUACUUGGAACGAUUGAAUGCACUGCUAGAGCAUCAGGAGUUCUGCAACACAUCGAUUACCUGCUCACAAUCAUCGCCUGAUCCUAAUCAGUAUAAUGCACGUUACUUUGACUGGCCACCAAAAGAAACCGGUCUUUAUUGGGUCCGGGCGUUUGUUGGUGAAAGUUGUGCCACAGCGUGUAGCAAACAUAAACUUACAAAAAAACCGGAUCACCAAACGGAAUAUCUGAAACGCCGCAAUCGACUGGUCGAACCUGGACCUAAUGGGAAUGUAUGGGACCGAUUGCAUUGUGCACCGGAGCACUUUCCCACCAUCAAUCGUGAUUUACAUCUUUAUGCGCUUUGUCAAAGUGAGCAUGAAUUGGAAGAUAGUAGAGCUCCCUAUUACGAUCCUGUCAAGAAAGACUGCGUCCGACAGAAAUCACCAUUAUGGUUUGACUGUAUGAAGGUAGUGAUGCCAUCCAAUAGCGGGUCGCCCAUUGAACGGAUAUGUCCUUGUCGGGAUUCUCUGAUUGGCCAAAGUGCCAUAUGUAAGGCUUGUGUAUAA